AUCUACUCAUUUAAAUGCUUAUUUCAUAUACCUGAAGUACUACAAAAUGUCCAAGGCAGCAAAAAUAACAUUUUUUACAACAGCCACUUUAACGUUAUGUAUAGUUGGAGGAGUUCAUUAUAUUCAGAAUCAAGAAAAAGAAAAGCUGUAUGCCGGUGUGCUUCGAGAUGAGGCACGUGAAGCUAUUCGUAAAGAACGUCAAGAAGAACGGAUUAAUAAUGAAAAACCAGAAACCAAAUAUAAAAAAAAUGAAUCAUCAAGGGUUUCUUGAAACUGUUUGAAUGCCCAUAGAUAAAAUAUUGUCCAUUUAUCUGAUA